AUGCAACGUGCCAGAAAGGUGGAAGAAGACACAGGCGACUACCAUGUUGACCGGGUCUCCAUGGACCUAGCCCGCGCGUUAGCAGAAGCACGGAGGAACAAAGGCAUGACGCAGGCUCAGCUGGCACAGGCAAUUAACGAAAAGCCGUCAGUUGUGAGCGAGUACGAAAGUGGGAAGGCCAUCCCUAAUGGAGUGAUUGUACAGAAGAUGAGUCGUGCGUUGGGUUGUCAACUUCCAAAAUGCAAGCAGAAGAAAAGAGUGGUGGAGGAAUGA